CACAUUCCUUUCCUUUCCUCACAUUUCAGCACAGAAAAAGAAAAGUUCACCCACAGGCUCAUUGACAUAGAGAGAUCAGCCCUUCAAACACUUUGUUCAUCAUCAAAGCUUUCUGUAUAAGCUCUCUUUAUCAAUGGUGAAGAGUGAGUCAAAGAUCCAAUCAGAGCCGUUGAAGCCAAUGUCAUCACCAUCAUCAUCUUCGUCAACAUCGUCAUCGUCAUCAUGUAGGAAGAAGAAGUACAAGGGAGUGAGAAUGAGGAGCUGGGGUUCAUGGGUGUCCGAGAUAAGAGCACCAAAUCAGAAAACAAGGAUAUGGCUGGGUUCCUAUUCCACGCCAGAAGCUGCCGCUAGAGCCUAUGAUGCUGCACUGCUGUGCCUCAAGGGCGCCUCCGCCAAUCUCAACUUCCCUACCAUCACUUCUUCUUACCAUCUUCCUGAUACUCUCUUGUCCCCUAAGUCCAUCCAAAGAGUUGCUGCAGCAGCUGCCAAUAGUUUUGCGGAUAAUGCCGCCGCCGCCACCACCACCACCACCAUCCCAACCACCCCCACCACUCCACCCUCUCCUCCUCCUCCCUCCUCCUCCUCAUCAAUCUCUUCGGCAUCGACUUCAUCUUCACCAUCAGAUCAACUCGAUGACGAUGUUUCAGUACUAAUGUCAUCCAUGGCCAAUGAACCAAUGUCCAUGAUGGCAUCAUGGUAUGACAACUUCGACACCCUGCAAUCCCCAAAAUACAUGGACCAAAUGUUCAGUAAUUGUGCCUUGUUCAAUCCAGUACCAACGAUUGAAGAUGACUAUGAAGAAGGUGAUAUCCAUCUGUGGAACUUCUGCUGAUCAAAAAUUCAAUCCAAAUCAAGCAAACCCCAUUUAUUAUUAUCAUUAUUAAUCCAGUUGUAUUCAUUGAUGAUCUUCAGCAGAUUGCUUGAAGAUAUUACUGACAGUGACCGAAAUUCAUAUAUUAGUGUAUGUGAGAGUUAAUAAUUAGGAGAAGAAAAUCACAUUGAGAGAGACAUUUUUUGGACUCUCCCUUUCUAUAAUAUUCAAUUUAUAUAUGAAUUAAUCAUUUCUGCCAAGUGUGGUAUAUCAUAUAUGUUGUGUAAUUCAUGGUCCUCCAUCAUAGUAAAAUAUGUCCAGGAAGAAAUCUAUUUCCUUAAAUAUGGUCCCCCUCC